UUUCAGACUUUGUAAAGUGCUUGUAAAUACGUUUGAAGCUCUGGUCCUAAAUGAAGCAGUUGCAAAUUUUAAUGUGAAUGUCAAAUUCAUCUGUUCUUAUAGCUUCUGGGUCAAUAUCAAUAAGCACGAAAGACGCUGCUCUAGGAAGAGACACUUUUCCAAGAGUAGUGAAUGCGAAAGGGUGCGUCACUCCUACGAUCCAAACUAUGCAAGCCAGAAGUGUAACAAAUCUAGACCGAACAGCUUAUAAAUAUGACAAUAUAUCAAAUUACUCAUCCCGUAAUCAACCUCAGUGCAUGUACGAGCGUGAUCAAGAAUUUAGGACAUCACAAAAUGAAUUAAUUCCUAAAACCAAAAUGAACGUAUCAGCCGGUGAACUUCUUGGAAGAACUCAUGAGGAACUAGUAUUACUUCUAAUCCAAUUGCGUAGGCAGCAGGCGCAAACAUUUCAGGCUAUCGAAAGUUGCUAUAACGAAAUUGAUAGUCUUCAGAUCCACAUUCAUAAUGUUGACCAAAUGAAACGAAUGGAAAAUCUGCAUAAAUUGGAGCGAAUCAAACAAAACCUUCUGGAGUUGGAAAAGCAAUAUGAGAAGCGCAAACCAUUGGUAAACCUAGUAGACAACAUGGUAAAGCUAGGAUCGCUCUACAGAAACCCUAAUGAGAGAACUGACAUUGCCAGGCAUAUCCGCGAAAAACUCGAAUUCAACCAGUAUGUGCAGGAGCGACGACUUCUAGCAGACGAAAAACGAGACUGGAACAGAAUCGAGCCAAGCCAUGUACAACUUCAACAAAAAGUGCGUCAACUGUACCAACUAGACGGUUUGAUUCAAGAAGAAUCUCGAAACCUUCACAAUCUUCAACGAGACAAAGAAGACAUCGAACGAGCACUUGGGGGCCUUCGGAACCGUCUACUGAAGGGUUUGAACAAUCCUGAAGAAAUCGAGCAAGCGCGAAGGCAGCAGUUUAUGCUCGAAAAUGAGCUCAGCAGAGUCCACUUGAUGUUGGCGCAGAACUCGAAAAAACUUGAAGAAACCGUUGCAGGCAACGCAAGACUUGAGCAGGAGUUGCUCGUUUUAAAGCAAAAACUGCAGAGCUCCAGGCAGCAAAGAAGUUCUCCACAGUUUUCCAAUGCGGGUGAGUAACUUAAAUUUAAGCACAUACAUAAACG